AUGACAGAUGGGCUGGGAGGGAAAUUAUUCCUGAUGGAGGCGGGUGGGCCCAUGCAGGGAAUAUAUAGAGUAGAUGAGUGGGCCGAUGUACAUGGAUAUUUGGUAGAUGGGUGGGCCAAGGUAGUUGGAUAUUAUGCAGAUGGGUGUAUUAAGGUAGAUGUGUAUGAGAUAGAUGGACAUGACGGAGCUGAGAGAGAGGCUAGGUUGCUUGAGAGGUGUCCUCCUGGCCAUGAAGGCAAAAGGUUGGUUGACGAACCUGCCACAAUUCUCGAUACAUCCGGUGCCAUCAUCGCAUGGUACCUCCCAGACGCCCUGACCGACACCACCCAGAAGGAAAUCAGGGAGGCCACCAAUUUGCCCCCUCCAAGCCUCGAAAAAAGUGUAAGAGCUGAUGGCAAUUGGCGAACUAAUCAAAAGUGGUUCAAAUGGGGCUCGGACAAUGUUAGCACAACUCCUGGAUGCAUCAAUUUAUCUCUGGCAUGGUUUCAACAGGGACACAAGAAUGUGUCUGAUCCGGAGGUAUCUGCAUCAUUGAAGGGACCUUCCUGUGAGAAUAUCCUCAAAGCCAUUGCAAGGCCAGCAGCCAUCACAUCCACGGCACUCAGGGUCAUGCAUCCUGAGCAGUACUGGGCAGGGUUAUGA